AUGCCUCCAAAGAGGACUCCUGUGACCAGCUGUGAUUCAUGUCAUGGCAAAGCCACCUGCUUGGAGUCACAGGAAAGAGGUGACACCUUCACCAGCCACGCCCUCUCAUGUAUCUGUAAAGAUGGCUUUGUAGGUGAUGGCCUCACCUGCUAUGACCCAAAACUCUGCAGUGACUCUUCUUGCUGUGACCGAGGUUACCACUGGUCCUCAGAGAAGGGCUGUGUGGACAUUGAUGAGUGUUCCCUCCCAAACUCACCAUGCACACCACCUCAGAUUUGCCACAACACGCCAGGCUCAUACGAAUGUCCGGAGCCUUCCUCCAAGAACAGAGCAGCUGCCUCUUCCCAAUCUGUCCAGUUCUACUGUGGGAACACAGUUUGUCCUUCAGGCACGGACUGCAUCAAUUCCCAAUGUGUGGACCCUUGUGAGAACUACGCAACAUUGAAUGAUGACUGGCGUUCAACAAAUAACACAAAUACUGAGGUCCUACACUGUGAUAAAGAUAUAAACUGGAAAGGCUGGUAUCGCCUGUUUUUGAAUCAAACCAGUGCUCAUAUUCCAGAGAGGUGUGUCGAAUCAAACAGGUGUGGAACUCAUGCGCCUUUGUGGAUAACACAACCUCAUCCCACAUGGUCAGGUGAAAUUGUGAAUCGCACUGUGUGCAAUGUUUGGGAAGGCAGCUGCUGCCAUUUUCGGUCACACACCAUCCAUGUUAAACUUUGCCAUGCAAACUACUAUGUCUACAAACUUGUGAAGCCAUAUACAUGCCUCCUUGCAUACUGCGCAGAAGUGAACACAAUUACACCUGUUUUACCUACCACAACACCAAGGCCACAGAACUUCACCACCACACAUGUGACCGCUAACAUCUCUACCACAACACCAGUGGGCAACAGCACAGCAGCCGAGGGGGAGGUCCGCCUGGUUAAUGGAAACAGCUCCUGCUCUGGCAGGGUGGAGAUCUUCCACAGUGGACAGUGGGGGACGGUGUGUGACGAUGCCUGGGGCCUGGUAGAUGCUCAGGUGGUGUGUAGACAGCUGGGCUGUGGCAGGGUCUUCUCAGCACCAACAAACGCGCGAUUUGGACAGGGCAGCGGACCCAUCUGGUUGGACGAUGUCACAUGCACAGGCAACGAAUCAAAGCUCUCUGAGUGUCAACACAGAGGGUUUGGAUCUCAUAACUGUGGUCACUCUGAGGAUGCUGGUGUCGUCUGUGAAGCUGCUUCAACAGUGAGGCUGGUCAAUGGUCAGAACCGCUGCUCUGGCAGAGUGGAGAUCUUCAAUGAUGGACAGUGGGACGCCAGCCUGAAUGUAGCUAUCAGGCCAGACCUGUUCACUGGAGGAAUUUCAGGUUCGGGUCCAAAAGCUCGAGCCUCCAUGUCUCUGUUCCGCAACUCCAACUACACUGAGUCUUAUCCACCAGGCCAAGUCUUCCUCCCAGUGGGUUCACCUCUGUACGUGGGCGUCUCUGUGGAGGACACAGACCCAGUUUUGGCAGCUGUUCUGGAGGACUGCUACGCCACUCACUCACCAAACCCUGAUGAUCCCACACAAUAUCCUCUCAUCCAGAACAAGUGUCCCACUGACCCCCAAAAGGUGUCAAUAGUUGAAAGCGGCUCAUCCCUCCGAGCUCGUUUCUCUGCUCUGCUCUUCCUGCUCCAGGGUGAAUACAGAGACAUUUAUCUUCACUGCAGCCUCAGCCUGUGUAACCAGAGGAACUACAACUGUGUACCAUCGUGCACAAGUAGGGCACGUCGCUCUGUUUCCAACUCAGCUUUUAUGAAUCCCGUCACCAUUGGACCAAUUACUUUGGACAAGCCAGCUGAGUGAUCUGGAACAUCCG